AGUGCUUAUUAGAACAGUGCCUGAGAUACACCAGAUGCUAUAUGAAUGCUUAUUUCCCUUCUCACCUCCCACUCCCAACUAAAAUGAUGGCAGUACUAAAGAAGGGAGCUAUUGGAGAGAGGUUACAAAGGUGAAAUCUGAAAUCGACAGACUGGAUAUAGAGACAAUGAGGAGCUGAGAAUGACGUAGGUUGCCAGCCUGGGAGACCAGGUAACUAGUAAAGACCAAUCAAGUAUAAUAGAGAAAUUUGGAGGGGGAGUGUUUAGGAUAUAAAGAUGAGUUUCGUUUUAGAUAUGUUUAAGUUUUAAGUCUGAGUGUCAACUGGACAUCCAGUUGGGGAUGUUGAAAGGCAUAUGUAAAUAGAGAUCGGACAUUUGCUUAAGAGUCUGGGCAAGUUAUGUAGAUUUGAAAUUCAUUAGUAUGGAGAGAAUAAUUAAACGUAUAUGGGGGCUAAUAAGUUCACUAAGCGAACUAUUGGAGAAGGGAAGAAGCCCCAGGGAAGAACCCCGCGGGACACCUAAGGUUAGAAGAUGAUAAAAGGAGGAAUCAGCAAAGAUGACAGAGAGAAGAGCUUUUGACUAGACAUCCACACUUUCACGAAUCUUGCCGCCUCCUUCAAAUCUGUCAAGCAAAAUGUUAUUAACAAAAUUAAGUGUUGAGAACUUAGAUGAGCCUCUGACUACUACUACAUGCCCAACUUUCUCCUCCCCCAGCUGUGUCUUUUGGAUCACAUAACUACUGGCAGGCUGGCUUGGAUUCCCGGUACUAGGCGGCUUUUCCUCGAACACCACACCAGGUUAACUCGAGAACACUGCCUCCUCCCACAGCCCUAACGGGCCACUCAGGAAUAACGAGCGCGGGGAGGCAGGGGCAGCUCCGGGGGGCGGGUCCUCAAAGAGCAAACUCUCCAGGCCCCGGCCUGCCCCCCGGGGGCACGUAGAAGGGCAGUCGGGUGGAAGAGGAGCAGGCCGAGGGGUCCUUCCUCAGCUCCUAGACGCAAACCAGAAAUUACAAUGUCUUCUAGCAGACUGGGGCUCCGUUUGGCUGCCUGUUUACUAAACAUUUCUGAAGCCAGAAGAAAAAAUGUAGUUGAGAAAAUAGCAAAAGCUGCUCUUUUUGAAGAAAAUGGAAAGGAACAUUCUGAAGUUACAGUGCUCAAUAUAUUUUCUGAUUAUGAUUAUAACAGAUCAGUUAUAACAAUAGCAGCACCUGUUGAGAAUUUGGUCAACUCCGUUCUUGCUGCAUGUGUGGAGGCUUUCCAGGUGAUUGAUAUGGAGGUUCAAGAAGGAAUUCACCCUUGCCUUGGAGCAGUGGAUCUCAUUCCCAUCUAUCCUCUUUUUGGGGUAGGAGUCAAAGAGUGUGGAAUGGUGGCCAGAAGAGCUUCUCUUGAUAUUAUUGGAAUAGUUCCGGGACAUUUUAUUUGGCUCAUCAUCCCAAAUCAUUAACUAAAAUUAUUUUUUUUGAAUCUCUGGCUUAUGAGUAGGCUUUUACAAAUUUUUAAAGAAUGUUUUUCUAAAGAUUUUUUGGGCACUGCAAUGUACCACACUCUUUCAUGUUUUUUCCUAUUCAGGGCUUUUGCUUUACAGACUCACCUAAUUUUGGAGUUGGAAAGAUUGUCAGUUGCCAUAUAGUCCAAUGCUUUCUGGAACAAGAAUGCCCUCUCCACCAUACUUAACAAAUGAUCAUCCAGUCUUUGCUUGAAGACCUUCAGUGAGGGGGAGCUCAAUACCUCCUGAGACAACUCAUUUUUCCUUUGAGGUAGCUCUCAUUACUAAGGACAUUUUUCCUCAUAUCAAAUCCCAAGUUUUUUCUUUGUAACUUACAUAUAUCAGUUGUAGUUGCACAUUUUAAGUCCAAUGAGAAUGCAUCUAAUCCCUUUCCCAUCUGACAACACUUGUCAACAAAUAAUAUGCUCCUGCAUGUGUGAACCCUUUCCAAUUGCAAAACUGUGGACAUAGUUCUCAGUGGUACCAUUAUAUCAGAGUCAUGUGAUUUUACAUGGAGAUUUGCCUUUUGGUUUAUGGUCUUAUAUUGUAGUGCUGGAGAGGCCUGGUGCUCUUUAGGCCAUUUUUUAAAGAGAAGAUGCUAUAUUCACUUUUGAAUUCUCCAGUUAAAAUAUGCAACUUGUGCACAUCAUAUCAAUUACUUUGAUUAACAGUCAUCAGCAUCCAUAGAAGUAGAUUCAGCAUGGUGCUUCUAUUAUUUUUGUGGCUGAGAGGAAAGAUGCCAUCAUGGAUUCACAAGGCAUCAACACUAUUGCAUGGUAGUCUCGGUACCCUUUGAUUACCUAUUACAGACUGUCAAAACAUAGGCUGAUCUGGCAAAUCAAGAAAAACUUUUCACUUCAAGGCUUGAAUCUACUCUGCUUCUCCAGUUGCUAUGGAGAUAGUCAUAUUAAAAACAUCCUUGUAUUUGGUUAGGGAUAGGAGGUUUUGGUAUUUUCAGAAUCUGAGUUUUGUUCUAUUUUUCUUUUUUCCCCAUAGUCUUACCAUUGUCAUCACUUCUGAAAGUAAUAAUUUACUUUAUACAUAGAUUAAUUUUAGACUGUAAUAGAGUACUUCAAGAAUGAUCUCCACCUGUAGUACUUUAAAAAGGGGGGAAAUAAAUGGAACUACAGAAUUAAGUGAAAUAAAGUAAUAACUCUUAUUUGUAUAGCACCUUAUAGUUUAUAAAACACCUUCCUCAUAGCCACUUUGGUGUUAGUAUUCACAUUUUGCAAAAGAUACAGUUGAGGCCCUCAGAGGUUAAAUGAUUUGACUGUAUCCACAUGACUAUAAUAAGCUUUUUAGUAACUAGUAGGUACUCCUACUAGUCAGUUUUCCUGACCCCCAAAUCAGAGUCCUUUUUGUUAUAAUGUUUUGAAAGUAUUAUUUUGUGAUGAAGACAGGUUUUUAAUCAUUUUAGUAAAUUUAACACUCAUAAAGGAUAGUUAGCUGUUUGAUGGCUAAUAAAUGCAAACUGUUGCAGGUUUGGUGACUUUUAUAAGAGUCUUUCCAUUACCUUAAGAAAGUGAGAUGCUAAUAACAGGAAGAAACAGGUAGCAUGCGAAACCAAAGUACCAGCUAAUUUCAUAGGAUUGAUUUUAGAUUCAAAUGAGAGAGUGUUCUAUAAACCCAUUGUAAAAAUUAUAUAACA